CCGCCUAGCUUGUGGCGUCGGUACCUACGCCGUGCUAUCUGAGUCUCAGUCUGCCGUCGUCGUGCGUUAUCUUGCUCCUUGUACCUCGCUGCAUGGGCGAUAACCCAAUAACGACCCCCGGCCCUCGUCUCCAUUCUGCAUCACUGCGCUGCAGCCUCUUGAAAGCCUCCCACGCAAACGCCCCGCAAACCCAGCGUCCAUCAGGGUUGGCUGCUUCGAGUCAUACUUGUCGUCGUCUUGCGUCUUCGCCAGGCGACAGCGCUCCAUCUCCAUCCAGACGAGACGAAGCUACCGCUUGCCAGUGCGCCGUAGCACGGCUGUCUUUCAAGGUACCCUACGACAUAUAUACACUCUUCACCUUAUCGGACACCUGCCGUUUACCUCAUACCAUCGACGACUUUCCAUUCUGGGUCUUCGAUUCCCGCUACACCGACUUCCCAUCUUGUUUCAUCUCCCCUGGCCCGUUCGCCUUAAUAGCCCUGUCUCGUCGCGUCUCAUCCAAUCUCGCCCUUCUACUCCAUCCUUUACACUCUUUCUGCCCGUCUGGAGCUUCUUCCAUCUAGGACUACAUGACAGCUUCGUUCGACGGCACACACCCUCGAAGCUUGUAAGCCCCCGGGCUGUGACCGACCUCGCUCUCUUCCUGCCAUCGACAACGUAACACAGGAAGCAAUGGCGAGCCGAC